AUGACAGCUGGAGUCUGGAAUAAAAAAUAUGAGGAUGUUACCCUACUGGCUGCUACUUUGAAACGUUUGUGGGUUUCAUCUUCUGUUCUUCUCUUUUCUUCUCUUCUAGCUGCUGCAGCACAAUGGGCAAAAAUCUGCUCAAGUCAACCUUCAAACCAAAUCAGAGGCUGUGACUCCUAUGGCUGCGGCAGAUACAAUGACCCCAGAGGAGGGAGGAAGCACAAGGGAGUGGACGUGGUGUGCAAGGACGGCUCGGUGGUGUACGCACCCUUCACGGGGAAGAUCGACAAACGAGCCAGGCCCUACGGAAACAGCAAUGCCAUCGAUGAUGGAGUCCAGCUUUCAGGAUCAGGAUUCUGCAUUAAGAUGUUUUACAUCAAACCUGUCAAGUACAGCGGCCCCAUCCAGAAAGGAGAGAAAAUUGGCGUCAUGCUGCCCAUGCAAAGGGUCUACCGAGGAAUUACGUCCCAUGUCCAUAUCCAGAACUGUGACUUAACAGAUCCUACUCACAACCUGUAA